AUGAUGGUGCAGAGAAUUGACAUCGACGAGGGUUGGGAGUUCAAAAACUCCUGCCCUCUGAGUAACAAACCCGCUUCGUCAUAUCUGCCUACUGCGCAAUUUCCCACUGUUGCCCACAUUGAUCUCAUGCACCACAAUCUCAUUCCAGACCCAUACAUCGACAUCAAUGAGCUCAAGUGUCUGUGGGUGAAUGAUACCGAUUGGACUUACCGCACCACAAAAGUCGGGCCGGUCAGCCUGAAACCCUCGGAGCGAGCAGUUCUCGUUUUCGAAGGUCUUGACACCAUCGUCGAUGUGUAUCUGAAUGAUGAACACAUCCUUUUCAGCGAUAACAUGCAUGUAUCUCAUCGGGUUGAUGUGACAAAUAUUCUGGGAAACACGCAAGACUCGGCAGUCCUUGAAUUGAGAUUCAGAGCUGCUCCAGCUUAUGGUCGCGCGAAACGCGCUAUAAUCGGGUACAAGAGACUGCCCACUGGUCGUGCCGUCAAUUUUGGAGGAUCUGAACGACUCUUUGUCAGGAAAGCUCAAUACCACUGGGGCUGGGACUGGGGUCCGGCUGUGAACACGUGUGGGCCAUGGAAACCUGUCUACUUCGAAGUCUACGAGUCGAGAGUCAAUAACCUUUGGGUCACCCAGAAUGUGGCCGAGGAUCUCUCUUCAGUCGAAGUCACUGUCAAAGGACAGGUCGAAAAUGCCAAUGGCAUUGAUCACGUCUCUGUUCAGGUAUCUGAUGAGGAGACCGGAGACACAGUCGCCGAAAAAGAGGUCGAGCUGUCAUCGAACGGAUCAUUUGAGACACAUUUCAUGAUCGAAAACCCCAAGUUAUGGUAUCCAUUUAUGUAUGGCAAGCAGAGUCUGUAUGUGGUGAAAGCAAUCAUCCCGGGUGACACGGCAGCCAAGUCCAUCGGGAUUAGAAGACUGCGUCUGCUCCAGCAUGCUCUGGAAGACCAAGAGGGCACUUCUUUUAUCUUCGAAAUCAACAACAUCCGUCUCUUCUCGGGUGGGUCUUGCUGGAUUCCCGCCGACUUUAUGCUCCCACGAGUCACAAGACAGAAAUACGAACAAUGGAUUCGUCUAGCAAAGGAAGGAAAUCAAUCUAUGAUCCGAGUUUGGGGUGGUGGAAUCGUUGAGGAUGACAUGUUUUACGACAUUUGUGAUCGUGAAGGAAUUCUAGUUUGGCAGGACUUUUUGUUCGCCUGCGGGAACUACCCUGCGUCACCAGGCUUUGUCGCAAACGUCAAGAACGAAGCGGAGCAACAAGUCCAGCGUGUGGGACACCAUCCAUCGCUCGUCCUUUGGUGCGGGAAUAAUGAGGAUUAUAUGUGCGCUGAUCAAGAUCGCUGUUGGGAUGUUGACUGGAAUGACACAACUGGUCCAUGGGACAAGACUACAUUCCCUGCCCGUGAGAUAUACGAACGCACUUUGCCUGCUGUUGUCGCAGCUACGGGAACCGACGUGCCAUAUUGGAUCAGCUCACCGUUUGGGGGAAGCAUCGCAAAUGACACUACAGUAGGCGACACACAUUGCUGGGACGUUUGGCAUGGCAAACUAUCACCAUAUCAAGACUACAAGGCUUUUACUUCACGCUUCAUUUCUGAGUUCGGUUUUGAGUCAGCGCCCAGUCUGAGCACAUUGCACCGCGCCAUCACCGAUCCAAAGGAACGCCAUGCACAAUCGCGAACCUUUGAUGCCCAUGAUAAAGGCCCAGGUCACCAGAGGCGGUACCCGAUGUACAUGGGAGAGAACUAUCGUUUCAGAAUGAAUCCACUUGAGGACUUUGUAUACUGCACGCAAUUCCUCCAAGCUGAAGCGAUGGCGUACGCAUACAAUUGCUGGCGAAGAGAGUUUAGAGGUCCCGGUCAAGAAUAUUGUGCCGGAGUUCUGGUCUGGCAGCUGAACGAUAUCUGGCCUGGGACAAGCUGGGCACUUGUCGAUGUCGAUUUGAACCCGAAGCCGGCUUACUACAUCACAAAGAGAGCAUUGGCAAAGACGGUGGUUGGGACGGAGCGCGUCGUUACUGCGAAGCCACCUUAUAUCACAACUGGAUUCCUUGAUGAAAAGGCAAAACUUGAUGUGUGGGCGGUGAACGGUGAGCUUCAUGAGCGAACUGUGACGCUGGAGCUAAAGGCAUUCGACGUGGAAACCGGAAACUCGGUGGAUUUGCCUAGCACAUACGACAAGAAGGAAUAUACCCUCAAAGCCAACCAAACAACUGAACUUGUCGCGAACAUGGACAUUCCAAACUUUGAGGAGACUGUUGUCGUCGCCUAUCUGAUUGAUCCCGCAUCUGAACAGAACCUUGCAAGAUGGGUUAGCUGGCCAGAGCCGCUUAAAUUCAUGCGCAUAUCCUCCGAGUUGAAAGUUACGACAAAAGUGGUCGACGGUGGCGCUGCAGUGGUCAUAAGUUCAAACGCUCCCGUAAAGGGUGUCGUGUUGAGCACACAAGACCAGAAUGGCGAUGAAGUUAUGUUUGAUGACAAUGCUAUUGACUUGGUACCGGAAGAAGAGAUUAAAGUUGGGGUCAAGGGGCUGUUGAGUGAAGAUGGUGUUGGUGUGCGGUUCUUGACAAAGACGGAGUGGGCAAGUCGGUUCUAA